CCUCUCCAGCUCUCCUGGAGCCCCUUUAGGCCCUGGAAUGUGCUGGAAGCUCUCCAUCCUCAUUCAGAUUUGCUUCCCAGAGAUUUCUGGGGAAGCACCAGAGAUUUUUGGGAAGUGCCUGUUGCUCCACGCUGCCGGAGACAUCAGCAAAGCAACGAGGACCUCAAAUUCCAUCGGGAAUUCCAUCCCAGCUCCUCCAGGAUAACCCAACCCAUGCCGUGCUCACCUUCUCCCCACAGUUUUCCUGACUGAAUCCCUGACUUUUUCCCCCCUCUUUCCCAGCUUUCUGGGCCGACCGCACGCCGGUGCACGAGGCCGCCCGGCGCGGGGAGAUCCGGCAGCUGCGGCAGCUGAUCGAGAGCGGCGCCUGCGUCAACGCCCUCACCUACGACUCCAUCACACCCCUGCACGAGGCCAGCCUCAGGGGACAGGCCCAGUGCGUCAAAAUGCUCCUGGAUGCGGGGGCCCAGGUGGAUGCUCGGAACAUUGACGGCAGCACUCCUCUGUGUGAUGCCUGUGCCUCGGGCAGCGUGGAGUGCGUGCGGCUGUUGCUGGCGCACGGCGCCAAGGUGAACCCUCCGCUCUACACGGCGUCACCGCUGCACGAGGCCUGCAUGAACGGGAGCUCGGAGUGCGUGCAGCUCCUCAUCGACGUGGGCGCCAACCUGGAGGCUCACGACUGCCACUUCGGGACUCCGCUGCACGUGGCCUGCGCGCGCCAGCACCUGCGCUGCGCCAAGCUGCUGCUGCAGGCGGGUACGUACGGCAUUCCCGGUGUUCCCGGUGACCUUCCCGGUGUUCCUGGCAUUCCUGGUGUUCCCAGCAUUCCUGGUGACCUUCCCGGUGUUCCCGGCAUUCCUGGUGUUCUUGGUGCCCUUCCCAAUGUUCCUGGCAUUCCUGGCAUUCCCAAUGACCUUCUCAGUGUUCCUGGUGUUCCUGCCAUUCCCGGUGUUCCCAGUGACCUUCCUGGUGUUCCCAGCAUCCCUCUGCCAUUCCCAACCUUCCCAGUGUUCCCGGUGCCCUUCCUGGUGUUCCCGGUGUUCCUGCCAUUCCUNCAAUAUCACUAA